AUGCAAUGGUGCUUACUUGUUGGACUGCAAAAGCAUAGCUUAGAAAACUGGUCUUUAUGUGAUUGCCUCUGCCCACACUCACUUCUUCAAUCACCUUUCGCCCCACCUCCCGGAUGUGCAGCAAUACCGAUUCUUGAUGGCAUUACCCUCCAAAUAAACAUGUUUGUCUCACGUUUGCAUGCAAGCAUCAUGUCACCUGGAUUCAGAUGCCUCUUCUUUUCAUCGUUCGACGCCCCCUAUCCCAGUCUGUUUCCCUCCUUUGCUUUCGUCGAUUUGCCUACAUCCGAAGGUACAGCUAGACAGCUUAUAUCAAGUAGUCAUAGUGAUGUCGAAAAUGGGUUUUUUUUGCAAGGUGACUGA